UAAGGCGCGCGCGGCGCCUGCGCGGUGGCGGAGCGGCGGCGAUGAAGGUGGCGGUGGCCGGGUGCUGCCAUGGCGCCCUGGACAAGAUGUACGAGACGCUGGAGCUGCUGCAGCGGCGGCACAACGUGCGGCCCGACCUGCUGCUCUGCUGCGGCGACUUCCAGGCCGUGCGCAAUGAGGCGGACCUGCGCUGCAUGGCCGUGCCCGCCAAGUACCGCCACAUGCAGACGUUCUACCGGUACUACUCCGGCGAGAAGAAGGCUCCGGUGCUCACGGUGUUCAUCGGCGGGAACCACGAGGCGUCCAACCACCUGCAGGAGCUGCCGUACGGCGGCUGGGUGGCACCCAACAUCUACUAUCUCGGUUAUGCGGGCGUGGUGCGGUUCCGCGGCGUGAGGAUCGGCGGCAUCUCGGGCAUCUUCAAGUCUCACGACUACCGGAAAGGCCACUUUGAGUGUCCACCAUACAACCAGCAAACCAUCAGAAGCGCUUACCAUGUGAGGAAUAUCGAAGUCUUCAAACUCAAGCAGUUGAAGCGUCCAAUUGAUAUAUUUAUGUCACAUGACUGGCCCAGGAGCAUAUAUCACUAUGGAAACAAGAAACAGCUUCUUAAAAUGAAAUCCUUCUUCCGCCAAGAAGUGGAGAGCAACACCUUGGGAAGCCCUGCUGCUUCUGAGCUUCUGCAGCAUCUGAAACCCACGUACUGGUUCUCAGCACAUCUUCAUGUUAAAUUUGCAGCUUUCAUGCAACACGAGACAAACUCCAAAGAAGAGCUACCAAAAGCAACCAAGUUUUUGGCUCUGGAUAAAUGCCUGCCACACAGAGACUUUCUGCAGAUAGUAGACAUAGAACAUGAUCCCAAUGCAGGCGACUCACUGGAGUAUGAUGCUGAGUGGAUUGCAGUCCUCAAGGCCACCAACAGCCUUGUUAAUGUGACUCAGAGCUCAUGGAAUAUGCCUGAAAAUAAUGGCCUCCAUGCAAAGUGGGAUUACAGCGCAACAGAAGAAGCCAUCAAAGAGGUUUUAGAAGAGCUGAAUCAUGACCUCAAAAUUCCUUGUAACUUCACAUUGACAGCUGCUUGUUAUGAUCCCAGCAAGCCCCAAAAAAACAUGGAACCAGUUCAUAUCAUCAAUCCACAGACCACUGAGUUUUGUGCCCAGUUCGGCCUCACUGACAUCAAUGACAGGAUUCAUCAAGCUAAAGAAGAGGGCUCAGUACGAGGUGAAAAUGAAGAGGAGGAGGAGGAAGAGGAGAUGGACAGUACUGGCUCAGCAGAGGAACCCAGUGAAUAUAAUACAGAUAAUUCUGGACUUUCAUCCAUUAAUCCAGACGAAAUAAUGCUGGAUGACGAGGGUGGUGAUGAAGACUUGAGUACAUGUUCUGUAGAUCCUUCCCCUGAUCAUCCUCCUGACUUCUCUGCAAGUUUUUCUGACAUCCGGAUCAUGCCAGACUCCAUGGCAGUAUCAUCUGAUGAUGCUAUGGACUCCACUAACGAGGAACUGGAGAAAUCUGGUGUGACUAAGCAGGUGGAAGAGAAGAGCUUAACCGAGAGACCAUUAAAGCGCAUUGGUGGUAAUGAAAAUGGGGACAGUGGCAUUAAAAAAAUUAAGAGAAGGAAUCAAGCUAUCUAUGCUGCAGAGGAUGAGGAUAAAACAGAAUAAUACUUCACAUGAUAUACAACUAAGUUCUCUGCCCACCUUUUAUGGGAAGGUGGUGAGAACUGUGGUGGACUGUUCGUGCUUUUAAUGUUACUUGAUCUUAUUCAUGUUAUGUUCUUAAGCUGAAGAGGCUGUUUGUAGCUCUUGCAGGGAAGAUUUAUCUGCAUUAAACAUCUAAGUCAGAAGCAGACUUUUCCAACAAAGUGCUUUGUCAAAGGAUUUAAAGCUCAUGUGUAAUCAGUUCAUUUCGCUUCAGUUCUUGGUUAUUAGUGUAUACUAUGUGUAUAUUAGUGUAUACUAUGUAUCUUCAGCUGUACAAGAACUCUUAAACUGUAACUCAAGUCAAAGUGAGAGGAUGUCUGACUUGCAAGACUGAAUGAUUUUAUUGCUUUUUUUUCUUGUUUUUAUACUGAACUUUUAAUACAAACUAGCACAUGCAAUAACUUGGUGAAUUAAAUUUCAAAAUAGAAUUCCCAUGAUAACAAAACGGCAAUAGAAGAGUGAAAGUUUUUUUGUUUCUGGUGAUAUUCCCACCACAGAAAAACUUCAUGGUUGUAAACAAAACGAUGUGUAUCAUCAAGUAUUGGCUUUUAAUGACAGAUUUGAAAGGGAACGAGGUGUCUUAAUUAGAAGCGUGACAGUUUUAUGGGGAACAUGGGAGAGUUCAAACUCACCUGUGUGCUUUUUCUUAAAACUUGAGAACCAUGUCUUAAAAUGAAAAUGCAAGCAGUUAGGAUGAACAGUUUCCUAAAUGCAGACAUCAUAGUCUUAGUUCUUACUAAUGAAGGCUAUGUUGUAUUUCAUAUAAGGUGGUUGAUGUUUAUAAGUUGCUUGAGACAGUAAUGCCUACCAUUAGCAUUACUCUAAGUUUUCACAUUCCACUUUUUUCAGUAGUGUGUAACUUGCUGAAUUCUUACAACAGGAUUUGGAAUCUUCCAAAGUACCUUUGUAACCUUCAGCUGAGGGAGAACAGGAGCUGCCAGAAUAGAGACCUUAUUGGAAAUUGCAAGUUUUUUCUGUUCUUGUUUGCUAUGAAUUACUAGCAAACAUACUUUGGCCUAAAAGGCUGUGAGGGUAGCAAAACUUUCAUGAAAAUUAGGGUGUUUUCAUGUCAUUAGUCUUCCUGUCAAAUUCUGCUGGUGUUCUGUGCUGAGCUUUUGGAGCCCAGAUGGAGCAGGACUUCUUCAUGACUGUGCUGCGUGUGCAAGCAGAAGUACCUCCUGUGUGCUUUUGCUCCGUGGAGACGAGAGCAGAGAGUGAGAAGAACCGGUGAGUGUGAGUUAUGUAGCAGGGAAUCACUUCAAUGUCAAGACUUCUGUCUUUAAAAUCACUGCCACCUUCUGGGGUUCAUCUUGGUUCCUCUCGUGUCAGCAGUUCACUUUGUAAACUAAAUGUGUAUAAGUAUUCAAGGGCUAGAAAAUGGCAAAAUUAAUGCUCUUCACAGUUCUGGUUAACAGCUUUAUACUGUGGGGCCUUGUUAAUGCCCCUCCUGUAUCUCCCUGUGCUUAUCUGUCAGAACCCCCACUUACCCUUGUGGUAAGAUGUGAUGAGAAACUGGACUCAGUUACUCUGUUUGGUGUAACCCUCGGGUUAUUUAAAGUAGCUGUGAGCUACCAGCUAGAUCACUGAAGAUAGCUGAGUAUUGAUAAGGGUCCUGGGUCUGCAAUGCUAAAAUCUUAAGCAUGUGUCAUGAUCUGAGGACUGUUGGAAAUAAAAUAGACUACAAUGGAAAUAAAAUCUUUUAAGUGUAAA